AUGAGUAUAAUCUUGAGAAGUAUACAAGUUGCCCAUAUUAUGGGCGUUUUUAUAAUUGCAAGUGUUUUCCUGUAUAAUCUGAACGUCAGAAGUGAAUCUCCGCCGGCGGACACACAGAACGCAGAUUCUAAACCUGGGAGUAGCGGAGCCCUGAGUGUAGUUGCUUACAGUGAGGAGGAUGGUGAUGAAGAAGAUGGCAUUAUAACCAUUGAGGGAAAUGGAUCUGAUGAUGAUGAAAUUGAUGAAACUUUGGAAUUGUUUGAACCAACAGAUGAAUGGAAGGCAGUUAAGAAGGGUCAGAAAAUCCCCCCAGGACUUCAUGUCAGAAUGAAUUUACAGACAGGAGACAAGGAAGCCAAACUGAUGAAGCAGACUGAGGGCAAAAAUAUGGAACGUUGGGAUGCUGGGGAGAAGAUAGGAAUAAUCAACACUGAGAAAAAGAGAUAUACAAGAGAUGAAUUGAAGAGGGCAUUAAAAGACUUUAAAUAUAAAGCUGACAUUGAAUUACCAGACAAGGAGCAUGAGGAGGAAGUAAAGCAAAAGUUUCGGAGCAUGGAGGAGUUGAAAAAGAUCAUGGAAGAAUUGAACUUGAACAUGAAGACAGAAGGGCAGAUUGUCACAGAGCUGGAGAGUGAGCUUAAGCAGAAGGACAUUGCACAUGAUAGGCUGAAACUUGUGCUUGUGGACUUGGAAUAUUAUCUACACCAGAUAGACAACGCCAAGAUUUUUUGUGAUCUUGGAGGUAUGAAGACACUGAUUAGGCUGAUGAACAGCACAGAGGAGGAUAUCAGAGAGGCAGCUACACACACUGUGGGAGCAGCUUUACAGAGUAAUCCCAAAGUUCAAGUGGCAGCAGUAGAUACUGGAGUCUUACAACAGCUGCUGAAAAUGGUGUCAGUUGAUUCUUCAGCUUUAGUGCGCAAGAGGGCUCUGUUUGCUCUGUCAACCCUGCUACGCCAGUUCCCAUAUGCUCAGAAAAAGUUUCUUCAGUUGGGAGGUUUGUCAGCAUUGAAUCAGCUGUUUGUGGAGAGCAAGGAUGAGAAUCUGAAGAUCAGAAUUGUGACACUGCUAACCGACAUGCUGCAUGAAUAUGACCAUAAUGUCAAUCAAGCCACAUUAGAAGAUAAUGUGCAAGCUCAGAGAACACUUCAGUAUAAAGAGGUUCCCUUGAGAGAAAACUUACAUAAAAAUGGCUGGUGUGGUCUCACGGCAUCUUUACUUCACUCUGCAUCUGGACACGACAGUGUGGAGAAAAUUGUGUCAGCAAUGCUGGCUUUGGCCAGUACCUGUAAGGAGGAAUUCUCCCUCACCCGACCAAAACUGCAAGCUCUGUUAGCUGAUUAUCAGAAGCUGGCACAGGAGGAGCACCAGGAAGGAUCUGGUGAUGUGUUUUCUGCUAUCUAUUCAGCAAUUCAGAAACUUAUAGCAGAGGUUCUUAGGGAUGAUUUAUGA